AUGACAACUAAUGCAGCUGAGUCUUUUAAUGGAGUUUUGAAGCGAUCACGAGGAUUGCCAAUACAAGCCUUGAUUAUGGCUGUCUACUAUAACAUUAUUUCAAUGUUUAUGAAGCGGUUGGAAUUCAUUGCAACUGAAGAGCAAGAAAACAAUAGUUUUUUUGCUCCACGUAUACAGACAUCACUAAAAAGAAUCGAGGAGGAGGCUAGACGCAUGCCAGAACCAAUCCGUCUCAACUUGCAUGAAUUUCAAGUUGUUGACAUGUCCUCUAGAUCAUAUCGUGUCGACAUAGUAGACGGGAGGAGUUGCAAGUGCAGUUGUGGGAAACCUUUGCUAUAUCACUUACCUUGUGAAAUGGCAACUGACCAACGACAUCGUAGAAAGAAGCGGACGACCGGUGAGCCCUCAGGAGAGGGUUGUAGUGAUGCUCCACCUCCAACUCAGCUCCAUCCAAGCAUUGCUUCGUUACAUGGCACACAUAGAGCAGCACAUCCUGAUGGGGGAACAAUAUUGGAAGCUGCAUCACAUCUUUUAAUGGUGCAUGAGUGGCCGAUGAAUUGCCCAAGAUUUAUGGAUGCUUUAAGAAUGGUUGGGCUAGAUUGUGUUAGCCAAAUGAGAUAUUUACGGAUGGACCACCAUUUGUUGACAGCCUUAGUGGAGAGGUGGUCACCUCAGACUAAUAGUUUUCACCUAACCGUUGGCGAGAUGACCAUUACCUUGCAGGACGUUGCUAUGAUUUUGGGUGUCCAUAUAGAUGGUCCUGCUUUGGUAGGUCAUGCUGUUGUUGGAGCUGGGAGACGUUGGCUUAGUUGGCCAGACUGUUGUGAUGACCUUCUUGGGAGCCAUCCACUACCAGAUGUUAUAAGCCAAAUGGAGGAGCAACCAGCAGGAGUUCUGCUGUUUACAGUAGAAAUCAGCUCCAAAUCAGAGGAAAACAGCUAG